AUGGCUGCCCCCCAGACCCCCCUGAGCCCUGCCCCCUGGGACCCGGACGGCGUCCUGCGGGUGAAAGUGGAGGAUGAAGACGCCAGCCUGCCCCACGCGGCCCGCCCCCAGGAGGAGGAGGAGGCGGCGCGCCUGCGCUUCCGGGGCUUCCGCUACGAGGAGGCGUCCGGCCCCCACGAGGCCCUGGCCCAGCUCCGCGAGCUGUGCCGCCAGUGGCUGUGGCCUGAGGCGCACUCCAAGGAGCAGAUGCUGGAGCUGCUGGUGCUGGAGCAGUUUCUGGGCGCGCUGCCCCCCGAGGUCCAGGUCUGGGUGGGGGCCCAGUGCCCCCGGAGCGGCAAGGAGGCCGCCGCGCUGGUGGAGGAUCUGACGCGGGCGCUGGACCGGAAAGGCUGGAAGCCGGGAGCCGAGCCCCCCGGGGCGAGCUGCAAGCACAGCGAUUCGGAGGAGGUGGACUCGGCUGCCCAGGCCCUGGCACCCGGCUUCGGGGACGCCCUCGGACCCCCGGUGAGUGCGGAGGGGACGGCGGGGCGCCCGGGGGAGGUCUGGCCCAAGCCCUGCGCCCAGGAGACGGGUUUCGGGGCCGCUCCGAGGCCUCCCGACACGGCACUCGGGGACCAGCCGGGCUGUGACUCCGGGGCCUCCGGGAACAUGCCCAGCGCGUGGUCAGAGGCCUCCUGGCCGGGCAAGGCCGCCUCCCCCGUGGAUCCCGGCCCUGUGGACGGUGGUGGCGCCGGCCCUCUGCAGACCCACCAGGGCCGGGCACCCUCCGAGGGCGGGGAGCGCGGGGAGACCUUCCCCAGCGCCGGGACCGUGGCCGCGCACAGGAGGGGCCACGCCCGCAAGACGCCCCACACCUGCGGCGAUUGCGGCAAGGCCUUCGGCCGCAGCACACACCUGGCCCAGCACCGCAUGGUGCACACGGGGGCCAAGCCGCACGCGUGCCCGGACUGCGGCCGCGCCUUCCGCCGGGCCGCCCACCUGGUGCAGCACCGGCGCAUCCACACCGGGGAGAAGCCCUUCGCCUGCGGGGACUGCGGCAAGGCCUUCGGCCGCAGCACGCACCUGGCCCAGCACCGGCGCACGCACACGGGCGAGCGGCCCUACGCCUGCGCCGCCUGCGGCCGGGCCUUCAGCCAGAGCGCGCACCUGACCCAGCACCGGCGCACGCACACCGGGGAGCGGCCCUACGCCUGCCCGGCCUGCGACAGGGCCUUCAGCGACUACUCGGCCCUGAUCCGGCACCUGCGCAUCCACUCCGGGGAGAGGCCCUACCGCUGCCAGGCCUGCCCCAAGGCCUUCGCGCAGAGCUCCUCCCUGACCGAGCACCAGCGCGUGCACACGGGCGAGAAGCCCCACCGCUGCGGGGGCUGCGGGAAGGCCUUCAGCCGCAGCUCCGCCCUCCUGGCGCACCUGCGGGCCCACGGCCCGGCGCUCAGGUGA